UUUUUUCUAACUUUUUACAAUAAAUAACAAAUUGGAUCAAAUAUCUAAAAAUUGCACGUGUGAAUGUGUGUACGUGUGUUGGAAUGAAUGAUGCACGUGUGUAUGUUGUAUUUACUACAUAUUAAUUAAUGUUUUCUAAUGGCUAAUCAAUUUUUUGUAUGCGUUUGCGAAUAUGAAUGUGCGUGUUGUUCGUGUAUGAUAUACCUAUAUAUGUGUGUGAAUUAUGUACGUGUGAAAUAUGUGCGUGUGAAAUAUGUGCGCGUGUUCGUGUAGCGUCUGUUUUUAUCAACUGCUGAAAGAAGCCAUCAUAGUCUAACAUAUCUCUCAACGUUAAAAGAUCAUAAAACUCUUUCAAAUUCAUUUGCUACGCUUGACUGAUUAGAGUGAGAUAAAACUUUCCAGAAGACCUGAUCGAAAAAGUUUGAAAAUGGUAUCGAAAGCAAUGAAGUGUGGCAAAUACGUCUUUUUUGUCCUCAAUCUUAUCUUGUUUGUUGCGGGCAUAGCAUUGAUAGUGGCUGGCGUUCUUGUGCAGUCAAAGUUCAACGACUACUUCGCAUUCUUCAGUGGAAAAGUAAACUACGCCUCCCUCUUCAUCAUCGUCGUCGGCGUCAUCAUCUUCUGGGUGGCCUUUUUUGGCUGCUGUGGAUCUUUCAAGGAGAACCGUACCAUGAUGAUUGUGUACAUGAUAAUGGUGGUCCUUGUCAUCAUUUUGGAGAUUGCACUGGUAGUCGCAGCGCAUUUCAACUCCGCUCAAAUUGAAGACAAGAUGGCUAGCAAGAUGAGGGAAACCAUCCCAAAGUACGACCUCUCCAACCACGAACAAGGGAUUGGAUUUACUUGGGACAAACUUCAAAAAACGUUAAAGUGCUGUGGAGUGCAGAUCAUUUCAGACUGGUACGAUGGGAACUCUCAAAUGGAGUACUUGCAGACUGUUCCUGAUUCGUGCUGUAUCGAACCAAGUGUGGGAUGUGGUAAGGUCGGAAACCACAGUUUGACUAGUGAAUAUGUGAAAGACACGUAUAAUAUACAGGGUUGUGCCCCGGCGCUUAAAAUGAAGUUUAAAGACAAUGAAAUAAUCAUCAUUGGGGUCAUCUCGGGACUGGCUGUCUUGAAGCUGAUCAUGGCCAUUCAUGCUGCCUUGCUAGCCAAGGCAUUCAGCAAGGAAUACCAAACCGUUCAGUAAAGGAAAGAGAUUUUGGUGAUGGCGAAGAACAUAUUCAAUUAAACUUUGAAAAUUAUGAAAAACAUUUAAAUAAUUUAUUCUAAAUAAUAUUUUUGAUGAUAAAUCUGCAAAAUUUACUUGAACAUAAAUUAUGGUGAGGAGGUUUAAAUAUCAAACGUUAGUAUAUAAUGUAUUCCGAUCAAGUCUUCUAACAUUUUUUCGUGUUUAGCUAUAAAAAUUUUUUUGUUUGAAUGAAAUUGACAUCAGAAUUAGUUAUAACAAUUAUUCAACUCAAACAUGCUAUAUAAUUAAUGACAUUUAUGAGAUAAAUAUUAGGCCUUUAUUACAAUAAAAGUUUUUUUUUAGUAGCCAGCCAAAA